AAACGAAUGCUCUGUCACACAUCCUGAAUUGGUACCUGCCUACUUGUGCACUACAAGUCUUUUGGAAGUCUCCUUUGUUUGUGUCAUUUGGAUCUUCUGUGCAUCAACAGCCAUGGUUCUGGAAGAGAAUGAGUGCGACUCUGUCUUUGAGCCCCACAUCACUGAGGAGCAUGUCGACACUCAGUAUGGGAAAGUCCACUGCAUCAUGGCGGGGACACCCAAGGCAAACCGCCCAGUCAUCCUGACAUAUCAUGAUGUUGGACUGAACCACAAAUCAUGUUUCGAGACUCUGUUCACACAUGAGGACAUGCAAGAAAUUAUCAGACAUUUCCCCGUUUGUCAUGUUGAAGCGCCAGGACAACAUGAGGGGGCCAAAACUCUCCCAACAACGUAUUCCUACCCGACCAUGGACCAGCUGUCCGAAGUGCUGCCUGCUGUGCUCAAACACUUCGGGUUGCACAGUGUGAUUGGACUGGGAGUUGGAGCAGGUGCCUACAUUUUGGCAAAUUUUGCUCUGAAUCACCCUGACCUGGUAGACGGAUUGGUUCUGAUCAACAUCAACCCCAAUGCUGAAGGAUUAAUAGAUGCUGUCGCAAACAAGAUUACUGAAUGGACUCACACCCUCCCUGACACAAUUAUCACUCACUUAUUUGGAAAGGAUGAGAUCCAGUCCAACCAUGACCUCAUAGCCACAUACCGCCACCACAUCACCACAUCAAUGAACCAACACAAUGUGGGUCAGUUCUUCCGUGCCUACAACAGUCGCAACGCUCUUGAGGUGGAGAGGCCUGUUGAAGGAGGAAACGUCAACGUCAGGACCCUCAAAUGCUCCACUUUGCUGGUUGUUGGAGACAGUUCUCCAGCUGUGGAGGUCGUGGUUGACUGCAAUUCCAAGCUCAACCCAACCAAGGCCACACUGCUCAAGAUGGCUGACUGUGGAGGACUUCCUCAAGUGGCUCAGCCAGCCAAAGUGAUUGAAGCCUUGAAAUAUUUCAUCCAAGGCCUGGGAUACUUGUCCAGUGCAAGUAUGACCAGGCUCCGGUCACGGACGACCUCCAGCUCCAGCAUCUCGUCCGUGGAGGGCCCUCGGAGCCGCGCGCACACCAAUGAACUGCAACGUGGCCGCAUUCACUCACACGGCGCAGAGGAGAAGCGUGGACGCUCCCACACUGAUGUCUCCAUGGAGAGCAUCUCCAACAGUAACAUGGACCGCAUGAUUUCAAAGUCCACUGAAGUGGCAUGCUAGAGCACACACAAGCACACUACACGUAUCUCAUUGAAGUUAAAUGAUACCUCACACCUGUUUUUACCGAGCUCCACCCUCUCUCCACCUGCCACGCCCUUUUAUCUGCACUCAAAAGGUCACAGCCAUAGCUAACCCACAAUGCAGUUUCUCUCAUUCUCUGCAACUGAUUGCAGACGAUUUAUUUACUGAUCAAUGACAAAAACAACUCAAAUAUGGUCUUAGUUUAUGCAACAAUUAGCUGUACGACUAUAUGAGUAAAAUAAACAUGCAAAAAUAUAUUUUUCAUGACUUCUUUGCACUUUUAUCAGGAGGUUAUUCAUAGAAAUGUAUAUGUUUUAUGUAGCAUGAAAAAUGUUUGAUCUGUAGAGUCAUAAAAUGAUACGACAUUUCAAUAAAUAAUCAUGAAAACGAA